GCGGCGGCGGCGGGCCCGGGGUUGCCAUGGUAACCGGCCGCGGCCGCCGCCACAGCGAGGCCGGCCCCAGCGCCCGCCCGGCCGCCGCGCGGCUCGGCUCGGCUCGGCUCAGUGUGGGGGUGAGCGCGGGCCCGGCGGCCUCAGCAUGGAGGACGGCUUCUCGAGCUUCGGCAGCCUGUACGACACGUCGUCGCUGCUCCAGUUCUGCAACGAUGACAGCACGUCCGCCGCCAGCAGCAUGGAGGUCACCGACCGCAUCGCCUCCCUGGAGCAGCGAGUCCAGAUGCAGGAGGACGACAUCCAGCUGCUCAAAUCCGCGCUGGCCGACGUGGUGCGGAGGCUCAACAUCACCGAGGAGCAGCAGGCCGUGCUCAGCCGGAAGGGGCCCACCAAAGCGAGACCGCUGGUGCAGACCUUGCCUUUCAGAACCACCGUGAACAAUGGCACCGUAUUACCAAAGAAUCCAGGGGGCUCCCUCACGUCCCCCUCUGGCGCCCGGGCCACCGUGCCAGCCACAACCAAAAGCUCCAUCAAGAGGACCAGCUCUUCCGAGCGCGUCUCUCCCGGAAGUCGAAGGGAAAACUCCGGGGACCCCAAAGGCAACCGUAACCGCACCGGGUCCACCAGCAGCUCCUCCAGCGGGAAGAAGAAUAGCGAGAGCAAACCCAAGGAGCCCGUCUUCAGCGCAGCACUUCUGUCUCUGUCUCCGAAAUCCCAAGGCAAGCGCCGGGUGACCCACUGCAAAGAGGAGGGCUACGUCAAAAUGUUCCUUCGCGGCCGCCCCGUCACCAUGUACAUGCCCCGGCACCACGUGGACUCCUACAACCUGGAGGCGAAGGUGGAGCUGCCCGCCAAGAGGCUGAAGCUCGAGUGGGUCUAUGGGUACCGGGGCCGGGACUGCCGGAACAACCUGUACCUGCUGCCCACCGGGGAGACCGUGUACUUCAUCGCCUCCGUCGUGGUCCUGUACAGCGUGGAGGAGCAGCUGCAGCGCCACUACACCGGCCACAACGACGACGUCAAGUGCCUCGCCAUCCACCCCGACAGGAUCACCAUCGCAACAGGGCAAGUCGCCGGCACGUCAAAGGAUGGCAAACAACUGCCCCCACACGUGCGCAUCUGGGACUCCGUGACCCUGAACACGCUGCACGUCAUCGGGACGGGCUUCUUCGACCGGGCCGUCACCUGCAUCGCCUUCUCAAAAUCCAACGGGGGGAGCAGCCUGUGCGCCGUGGAUGACUCCAACGACCAUGUGCUGUCCGUGUGGGACUGGCAGAGAGAGGAGCGGCUGGCUGCCGUGAAGUGCUCCAACGAGGCCGUGUUCGCCGCGGACUUCCACCCCACGGACCCCAGCACCAUCGUCACCUGCGGGAAAUCGCACCUCUAUUUCUGGAGUCUGGAGGGGAGCACGCUGGCCAAGAAGCAGGGGCUGUUCGAGAAGCAAGAAAAGCCCAAGUUCGUCCUGUGUGUGACUUUCUCUGAAAAUGGCGACACCAUUACUGGCGACUCCAGCGGGAACAUCCUGGUGUGGGGAAAAGGUACCAACCGCAUCAGCUGCGCCAUCCAGGGGGCCCACGAGGGGGGCAUCUUUGCACUUUGUAUGUUAAGGGACGGCACCCUGGUGUCGGGAGGAGGCAAGGACCGGAAGCUCAUUUCUUGGAAUGGAAACUACCAGAAACUUCAUAAAACAGAGAUCCCAGAGCAGUUCGGUCCGAUCCGCACAGUGGCCGAGGGGAAGGGCGACGCAAUCCUCAUCGGCACCACCCGGAACUUUGUCCUGCAGGGCACGCUCUCGGGGGACUUCGCCCCCAUCACUCAGGGUCACACGGAUGAGCUCUGGGGACUGGCCAUCCACACCUCCAAGCCGCACUUCCUGACCUGUGGCCACGACCGGCAUGCCACCCUGUGGGACGCUGUCAGCCACCGGCCUGUGUGGGACAAGGUCAUCGAGGACCCAGCUCAGUCUUCUGGUUUUCAUCCUUCAGGGUCUGUGGUCGCAGUUGGAACACUGACUGGGAGGUGGUUUGUGUUUGACACCGAGACCAAGGACUUGGUCACUGUCCACACGGACGGGAACGAGCAGCUGUCCGUGAUGUGCUACUCGCCAGAUGGGAACUUCCUAGCAAUCGGCUCCCAUGACAACUGCAUCUACAUCCACGCAGUCAGUGACAACGGCAGGAAGUACGCGCGGGUGGGCAGGUGCUCGGGUCACUCCAGCUUCAUCACCCACCUGGACUGGUCCGUGGACUCCCAGUACCUCGUGUCAAACUCCGGAGACUACGAGAUCCUCUACUGGGUUCCCUCUGCCUGUAAGCAAGUGGUCAGCGUGGAGACCACGCGCGACAUCGACUGGGCCUCCUACACCUGCACGCUGGGCUUCCGCGUCUUUGGAGUGUGGCCAGAGGGCUCGGACGGGACGGACAUCAACGCCGUGUGCCGGGCCCACGAGAAGAGGCUUCUGUCCACGGGCGACGACUUUGGCAAAGUGCACCUCUUCUCGUACCCGUGCUCCCAGUUCCGGGCUCCCAGCCACGUGUACAGCGGCCACAGCAGCCACGUCACCAACGUGGGCUUCCUGUGUGACGACAGCCACCUCGUCUCCACGGGCGGCAAGGACAUGAGCAUCAUGCAGUGGCGGCUGGUCUAGUCCCGCGGGCGCCCGGC